AUGCAGACUGCUUCUACAAACAUUUGUGAAAGACUGUGCAGUAAGUCCAUCUGUGAAAUUUCCUUGCUACUAAAUAUUCCACAGUCAACUGUUAGUGGUAUUAUAACAAAGUGGAAGCAACUGGGAACAACAGCAACUCAGCCAUGAAGUGGUAGGCCACAUAAGAUGACAGAGCAGGGUCAGUGCAUGCUGAAGCACACAGUGCACAGAAGUUGCCAACUGUAUGUAGAGUCAAUAUCUAAAGACCUCCAAAAUGCCUGUGUCCUUCAAAUUAGCACAACAGUGGGUGAAUGGGUUUCCAUGACCAAGGAGCUGCAUCCAAGCCUUACAUCACCAAGUGGAAUGCAAAGCGUCAGAUGCAGAGGGGUAAUGUCA